AUGACGUCCGCCACUGUGUCGGACGUCUCGCGUCUACCCCCCAUACACAGUACAUACACACCCGAUGUCUCCGUAGAGGGCAACUCGCCCGAAAAGGUGGAAUCGCCCUCGGCCAGCGAUCUCACGGACCUCGGGGUCGCUGCGGCGGCCUCCUCCUCGCCUGCUUCGGCGAGCGAGGAGGAUGAUUCGCCAAUGGACCACGAGGAACCCGUGAUGACCGACUCCGAGUCCAGCUCCGAACAGGAGCGAAGCGAGAAUGGCGACGAUGACUUCGACGCCGGCAAUGCAUCAGAGGAUGCAGAAGGAGAGGAGGAGGAGGACGUGCUGGAGAUAAUCAGCAGUCCCGAGCCGGCCGGGAGGCGGCUCGCAAAACUCAAGAAGCCCAAGGACUCUGCUGCGGAGGACUACUCCCAGAAUCCAGAGCUUUGGGGCCUGCGUCGGAGCUCCCGGCCCGUCGCUCGCAAUAAGAGGAUAAUCUUAUCCUCUGAGGAUGACGAGGGGGAGGAGGACCAGGAGGAGGAGGACGAUGACGUUCCGAGUGAUGACUCGGACGUCAGACCUCGAAAGAGGUCGAAGCCGAAGUCGUCGCGGCCGACUAAGGCCGCGACCUCUAAGGUCACCACUCCCCGUGUCUCCGCCGAGUCCAGUGACGACGGAGGUGACUCCGACUUCUAUAGCAAUAAGAAGUCGGCCCGACGCAAGAAGCGUCGGUUAAACCCCGUCGUCGAACACGAGGUUCGCGUGCCAACGAGGGCCGCGACCAAAGUCCUCAAUUACAAUGAGGACGCCGACGACUCGGACGACUUCAGGAUCACCGACGACGAGCAGGCCCAAUAUGCCGAGUGGGUGGAAGAAGAUACCACCCCAAACAUUGACGUCAUCCUCGACCAUCGCGUAAAAGAGGGUUUCGACCCUGAGGAAUACGCCGGCAGCAAGGAACACCUAGAGUUCCUCAUCAAAUGGACGGAACAGGCCCAUAUCCAUGCUACUUGGGAGCAAACAUCGGAACUCACCCACAAAAAGUAUAUCCGAAAGCUCACCAAUUACAUGGCGAAGCUCAAGAAGGAGAUCGCCAAGCGUAGUGAUCCGGAGACCACACGAGAAGAUCUCGAACGUCUGACCCUCGAACGGGAACGACAGGUUGAGGCUGCCCUUGAAGCAAGAGGGGUCGAACGUGUCGUUGCCUCCAGGGGCGGUCAGGACGACGAACCACUCGAGUACCUCGUAAAGUGGCGAAGCUUGACGUACGAGCACUGCACAUGGGAAACCGAAUCAUUCUUAGGGCCUGUAGCCCCCACAGAAAUUUCACAAUUCCGCAAGCGAACUAGAUCUGCACGCAACUACGCAGUCACUCCGGUCAAGGAUCGUAAGAAGUACAAGCUGUGGUCUAAGCAACCCGAUUACAUACAGUACGGCGAGCUACGUGAUUUUCAGAUGAAGGGUGUCAACUGGCUUCGAUAUAAUUGGUCCGUCCAUCGGAAUAGUAUCCUGGCGGACGAAAUGGGCUUGGGUAAAACCGUCCAAACCGUUGCGUUUCUUAGUUGGUUGAAGAACGAGAUGGAAAUUGAUGGUCCAUUCCUCGUCGUGGUUCCCCUCUCUACCGUUCCUGCUUGGUGUGAAACUUUUGUAAAGUGGGCACCCGAUCUUAACUUCAUCGUCUAUAACGGCCCUAACAAGGCUCGUGGUAUCAUCCAGGACUAUGAGAUGUUUCAGGAUGAGAAGCGUAAGAAGACUAAAUUCCAUGUCAUGAUCACAACAUACGAAUAUGUCAACCACGAUGCCCAGCUCCUGCAGUCGAUUCGAUGGAACUAUCUCGCCGUUGAUGAAGCCCAUCGUCUGAAGAACGUCGAGUCGCGAUUAUAUGAAUCGCUUAAACAGUUCAAGGUCGAAGACAGACUGCUCAUCACCGGAACUCCGCUGCAAAACAAUCUUAGUGAACUUGUUGCGCUGCUUGAGUUCUUGGACCCCGGCAAUAUCAAUAUUGACCGUAACAUUGAUCUUCAGAGCGAAGGGGCCGAACAAGAGAUCAAAAAACUCCAGGAGACCUUGCAACCGUAUAUCCUUCGUCGUGUCAAGAAGGAUGUCGAAGCAUCCUUGCCACAGAAAACCGAAAAAAUUAUUCGUGUCGAGCUGUCAGAUAUCCAAACCGAGUGGUACAAAAACAUCUACACUCGUAAUUACAGUGCCCUUAAUGCUAAGAGCAAGCAGAAAGUUUCGCUUUUGAAUAUUGUUAUGGAGCUGAAGAAGAUCAGCAACCAUCCAUUCUUGUUUCCGUCUGCUGAGGAAGAGAUAAUGAAGGGGUUAGAGACCAAAGCGGACCGACUGAACGCGAUGAUCAUGUGUAGUGGCAAAAUGGUGUUGAUGGAUCGAUUUCUUACGAAGAUGAAGGCCGACGGCCACCGCGUUCUUAUCUUCAGUCAGAUGGUCAAUAUGCUCGACCUUCUUCAAGAAUAUCUCACCCUACGCGGGUUUUCGUAUCAACGCAUUGAUGGAACCGUUUCGGCUAGCAACCGUAAGACUGCUAUCGAUCGGUACAACGCACCCGGGAGUGAAGACUUCUGCUUCUUGCUUAGUACACGUGCCGGCGGUUUGGGUAUUAACCUUACUAGCGCUGAUACCGUCAUUAUCUUUGACUCCGACUGGAACCCACAGGCUGAUCUCCAAGCCAUGGCACGUGCUCAUCGUAUCGGACAGAAGAAUCAUGUCAUGAUCUAUCGGUUCGUGUCGAAAGAUACAAUUGAAGAAGAAGUUCUCGAACGUGCCCGUGUUAAACUGCUUAUGGAAUACGCUGUUUACAUGGGCAUCACUGAUUCCACCAUUACAGAUAAGGUGAAGAAAAAUACCAAGAGUCUUUCUCAGGCGGAACUUGCCAACGUCCUUGCUGCCCGUGCACACAAGAUCUUUGAAGGUGACAAAGAAAAGCAGAAUCAGAAGAAGCUCGAGACUCUUGAUAUUGAGGAUUACUUGCAGCAUGCUGAAGAUCAUGAUACUGAUGCACAAGGUGCAUCGUUGAUCAGAAACGAGGGUGGAGAGGCUUUCCAAGAACUUCUCAAGCAGUUUGAGGUUACGGAUAUUGAUGUUGACUGGGACAGUGUUCUCCCACCGGAGCAGCUCGAAUCCCUUCGAGCAGCUGAUAAGUUAAAGCAGGACGAGGAGUUUUUACAAGAACAAAUCCAAGCGAAUGCGAAGAGAAUCCGCCGACCUAUGAAUGGAAUCGACGAAUCCGAUAGCAGUGGAUCUGAGAAGGCUCCCGCUCGCGGUAGACGUGGACCCCCCAAGAAGCGCCGUGGCGAGGCCAGGCGCCGUGACGAUACUUCAGAUGAAGAAGGCGAGAUUCCAGAUCCUUCCCGCCCUCUUCUCGAGCGCGAGAUCCGAAACCUGUACAACGCUUUUAUCAGGUAUGGCCUUAUGGAUGACAGAUAUACCGAGAUUGUCAAGGAUGCAAAACUCCAGGACCGAGACCGUGAGGUCGUUGUGUCGACGAUUAAAGAAAUUGUUCGUCUGAGUGAGGAAGCCAUCAAAACGCACGAAACAGCGCAGAAGGAGGGAGGUGCCACGCGAAAGGAUAAGAAGGCCAUAUUAUUCGAAUAUCAAGGAGUCAAGGACAUCAACGCUGAGAAGGUUACUCAGAUUCCAGAUUUCUUACGCGUUUUAAGAACUGCGGUCUCUGGCUGUCCAGAUCCGCUCGAGUUUAGAAUUGCAACCGCGAAGGUGAAGACUGAGAAGUGGAGCUGCGAAUGGGGUGCUAAGGAAGAUGGUAUGUUGUGUCUUGGUAUUGAUCGUCAUGGUUACAAAAAUUGGGUACCUAUCAGAGACGAUCCUGAACUCGGUCUACAAGGAAAGAUGUUUCUGGAAGAGCACAGAGUCGACAAAAAGGCGGAGCGCGUCAAGGGUGGCGCGGCCAAACUGUCUCCUGGAGCAGAACAUUUGAGCCGAAGAGCCAACUACCUACUCGGACUUCUGAAAGAUCAGCAAGAGAAGACCGCCCAACAGCAGGCUGCUGCUACUGCCCGGUACCAGAGAGGGAACCGAAAUAGUAAUUCGGCUUCGCCGAUCCCUGGCAAGGGUCGUAAGGGAAUUAAUAAGCCUGUUGGUGCUAUCUCUAAGAAGCGUCCGAUCACAGAUCGCGAUGGUGGUGACGAGUCCCCUUCGAAGCGGCCAAAGAAUGGCAAGACGGAUAAGAAAGAAGUCCAGAAGAACGGCAUUCUCAACUACUACGGGAAGAAAGAGAACACCGGCUCGUCUCUUAAAAAGCACCGACGAGAGUCAGACGUGUCUAGAGACGACGCGACUCCGAACAAGAAGCGACGUGAUGACGAGAAACGAACUUCCUCCCAUCCCGAUAAGCAUUCCAAGGAUCACCAUCACCACCACAAGGCCAAUGGAUCUACGAAGAACGGUGUAAAACGCAAAUCGCACGAGCGCGAUGAGCCCAAUGGGUCGGCAUCGAAAGGAUCGCAUGGAGCAAGCGGCUCACCUGUACCCAAGGUUGGAGCAAUCACACAACGUGCUGAAGAUUGUAUGUGGGGCAUCAGAGAGACUCUACAAAAGUUACAAAAGCUUGACAGAGAUGAGCAAGAGCACAGGACCUAUGCAAUCUCUAUAAGGAAAGGACUCAUGGAUGCCGGCGAAUAUAUUCGAGAUGUUCUUGAGAUGCGCGCUCGAACUCCAGGUCCUGCUAGGAAUCAGUUGGAAUUGGAGCUUUGGGAAGUAGUAGCCCAUCACUGGCCACACCGCGAAAAGCGAAUGCCCGGAGAUACGUACAGACGAAUGUACAAAAAAUACCAGGAACGUAUUAUUCAGAUGAAGGCAAAGGACGGCCAGGGGGCAGACGGGGCAACCCCAACCGCCUCCGUAUCAAAAUAA